AUGCUCCUGCCCGCAGGCCUCGGCAUCAGAGUAUUUUUUUGGGUCUGCGCUGCGACUGUCUUUUCCCUCAGUUCUUGUGCGUGGGCCGGGAAUACGACCUGUGCAAGCGGCCAGCUUGACUGGUACACCAGUGUAGUCGGAGAGUCGCCAUGUAUUACAUAUCAGAGGUUGCGUCAGAUAUGCAACAACGACUAUCAAGUACCGGACUUCAGACCAAAUACCCCUGGAGACAACUGUGACGACCAAGUUUCUCAGCAUGUUAUGCAUGAAAAAGUUGUCAGCAGGACCAGCUCGCCGGCGACCAAAUCGGGAUCGAUGCAGGCAUAUACACUGGAUUUCCUUGGGAGUCGAAAUAUAGAGCUCACAGACACUUUCGCAGGCGUCGGCGCGUACACGCUGUACCGUGGCAGCUGCGGUGCUGGAACGAACCAUUCGCUACCUUCGGAUAUUCAAGCGGGCGUUUGCAACGAGAAUAUCAGGCUAGAUAAUUAUCUAUAUGGCGGUUGGGACGACGGCUCAUGGUUUUACGUGUGGACAAGGGAGAACGCCGAGCGAGACCACGCGGCCAACAACAACAACACAUUCACUCAUUGCAAGGACCAAAUUUCACCUAGCGCAACGCCUACGCCUACUCUAACUACACUGUCACCACCGGUCACAACAACACAAGUCACUUCGGAUAGCCCUGGGGUAACAACUUCCUCCGACCCGACGUCGACUUCGACACCGCGUACUACAGGAGAUGGCCCGACCACAACUCAGGAUCCACGGCCGCUCUCCACAGUCUCUGGCGCACAACUCUCGUCUAUAGUCCCUCCGAAUCCGAGCUCUCCUGCGCUUUCUGGCAUUCAGACGAGCACAUCACCUGUUGCGCCAGCCUCCGACGAGCUCGCGCCGUCUUCAACCCAGGAUUCGCCCACUGGGUCUGCCGCGAGUGGCUCUAAUGGCGGGCAGUCAAAGUCGACAUCUCACUCGGCUGUGAUCAUCGGCGUGACUGUUGGCGGACUCGCGGUCGUCGCGGGUGUUGUGGGUUUGUUGGUGUGGCGAGCUCGAAGGAGCAGCGUGUCGGCGAGUGAAGGCAAAGAUAUGGUGCAUCCGACUAACGACUCCCGUGGAGGCGGCUCUGGCAUGACCAUGGUGGAUCAAGGACUCGGUAGUCGCUCAGAUGUGCGACAUCGCUCUACGGUACAGAGCCACGGAACUUCGUCCGGCGGCAACGCACUCCGUUCUGCAUGGAGCGAUUACUCUAGCGCCAUGCCUCAAAGCAGUGUUCCGUCAGACCAGACCGCGCGCCAUACUGACGCAGGCGUUCUCAUUCCGCUCGGUCGUACGGGGUCUGGCAGACUUCCUCCCGCUUACCGUUCUUGGGAGCAUGACUCGACUGCGGGUUCUGAAGGUCUCGAACCAGUGACGAGUUCGGACGAAGGUGUCCCAAGCACGGCGUCGGAGGCUCAGGCUCUGAUCAACCUGCCGCCACUCGCACCCCUCCGGCUGGAGGAGAAACCUUGA